AUGCAGGCUUCGCUACCAUCCCUUUCCCGGCCUCCAUGCGGAUGCGUCGUCCCUGGACGCGUCCCCUGUGCUCGUGUGCACGUAGCGCAGCAGCCUGCAAGCCGGCAGCCAUUGGCCAUUCACCAGUCCAUCGGUCGCGGGAGGACGUGCUCUCCUUCUCUCUCCACCAUUUCCGCAGCCGCGUCUCCCACUGCUGCGUCUGCCAGUUUCCUUCGAACCUCCUCCCUCCACCCGUGGGGAUGGCAGGGCCUAAGGGUCCCAGGAAGGAUAGAGCUAGGGAGAGGUGUGGGAUUACAUCCAGGCACAGGAUUGGGAGGAGGAUUUCAGGGCACAGGUGUAGCAGGAGCAGGAGCGGGUGUCGGAAGGGGUAGAGGGCUCAGAAGAGCUGGUUCCUUGGGUGUAGUUGCGGCGGUUUCUGGUGCAGGUGCAUCUGGGGGAGGGGGAGACUCGUCUGGGUCCACGUCACAGUGGAAGGCAGGUAGCAGCAAAUCGAAAGCUGCCAGCUCAGCAUCAGGCUCUACAGGGAAAGCAGCUGGGGGGGCAAAGAAGGCGAAAGCGGCGAAGAAGCGGUCUCAGGGCACGUCAGCAGCAGCAGCGGCUGACGUGGAUAAGGACUGGGAUCCAAUCACCGAAUUACUGGAGCGGGUGCCGAACCGAGUGGAGCCGCAGGUUCGGGUGAACGGGCAGCUGAUGUCUCUCAAGGAGGCGGAGGCUCGGGCCGUACCUGCGCCCAUCCGAGCCUUGAACGCCCUAGAGGAAGGGAUUGAAAGCGCUCGUGAGGCGGCCUUGGGAAAGCUGGCGGAGGUUUUAGGAGGGGUGGAUAAGGAGGUGAUUAUUGAGGAAGGGAGUGACGAAGAGGGCGUGGCAGCAGAGGGAAGGGAAGGAAAGGAAGGGAAACAAUCUCAACAGGGAUUUUCCUCAGGCGCUGAUGCUACUCAACAGGCUAAUCCAGUAUACCUGAAAGAUCUCCUGCGCGAGUUUAAGGGGGAGCUGGUGGUUCCAGAGGAGGCGUUUGCUCCGCGCGUGGUGGAAACCACCGCGUUUGAGCGCGCGCUGGCGGACGCUCCGCCCAUGAGCGCGGCGGAGUUUCUGGGUUUUGCGGAGAAGAAGCAGGUGGCGCUGGUGACGUCGCGCGGGCUGAAGAGGCGCGAUGGGAGGUUUGAGUACUGGGACGUGCUGGUGGAGCUGAAGGAGGUCCCGGGGGAGCCUGCCCUUCAAACCAACACCUGGCGCGCUGGGAGGUUCGAGUACUGGGACGUGCUGGUGGAGCUGAAACAGGUCCCAGGGGAGCCCGGGCUUCAAACCAACACCUGGAAGCGGCAGGUGGCGCUGGUGACGUCACGUGGGUUGAAGAGGCGUGAUGGGAGGUUCGAGUACUGGGACGUGCUGGUGCAGCUGAAGGAGGUCCCGGGGGAGCCUGCCCUUCAAACCAACACCUGGCGGCUCAAGGUGGACUCACAGUCCGUGCCGGCAGUGCUGGCGGCCUAUAAGGGACCACAGAAGGAGGUGGAGACAGUGUACUCGCUACAGCUGGCGGCGAUGUUUGGGAGCGGGGGGAUAGCAGCGGGGGUGACUGGCUCUGCUGCCACUGCGUCAGGAGAUGCUAUUACUGACGUGGCAGUUGACCUGGCGCGGGAUAUUUUCAUAGGGAAGCUGAAGAGCUCGGCGAAAGCGGUGGGGAUGAUGGUGUUUGUGGUGCUGUUUAUGGCAGCAGGGGCGAAAUUCACUCUCAACAGACGCACGAGGGAUUACACUAAGUGGGACAUUUGGCAAGCCAUUGAGUUCGGCCAGUCCAAGCCCCAGGCUCGAGUGGAGGUGAGUGAGUGGUUGCUACUAUGCAGUGUGUGCUGUGCGAUGCCCUGCGGUGCCGCGUUGUGCUCCGCUCCGCCAUGUGGCACCAGGCUGGGGCCUCUCUUCCGUUUCCCUCUUUCUCCUCACCAGGGCUCCACAGGAGCCAAGUUUGAGGAUGUGGCAGGCAUCGACGAGACAGUGCAGGAUGGCUCCACAGGAGUGAAGUUUGAGGAUGUGGCAGGCAUUGACGAGACAGUGCAGGAGCUACAGGAGGGCUCCACAGGAGUGAAGUUUGAGGAUGUGGCAGGCAUCGACGAGACCGUGCAGGAGCUACAGGAGCUCGUGGAAUACCUCAAAGAUCCUCAGCGCUUCAACCUCAUGGGAACCAAGCCCCCACACGGAGUGCUGCUGGAAGGGCCGCCAGGGUGUGGCAAGACGCUCCUGGCCAAGGCCAUAGCAGGCGAGGCGGGAGUGCCGUUCUACCAGAUGGCGGGCUCUGAGUUUGCCGAGGUGCUGGUGGGAGUGGGGGCAGCUCGUGUGCGCGAUCUCUUCAAGCGAGCCAAGGUCAACAAGCCCGCGGUCGUCUUCAUCGACGAGAUCGACGCCCUCGGUGCCGCCUGCUCCUCAGCAGGGGGGGAUGAGGGGGCGGAUGCGGGAGUGACAGAGCGUGAGGGGGCGGAUGCGGGAGUGACAGAGCGUGAGGGGGCGGAUGCGGGAGUGACAGAGCGUGAGGGGGCGGAUGCGGGAGUGACAGAGCGUGAGGGGGCGGAUGCGGGAGUGACAGAGCGUGAAACGACCCUCAACCAGCUGCUCAUCGAGCUUGACUUCUUCUCUCUCCCCUCUCCCAUUCUCUCUCCCCUCUCACAUUCUCUCUUCCCUUCCUCCCCUCCUCGUAAUUCUGCUCUCCGCCUAUUCGCCCUACCCAGACGGUCCUCGGCUGGAGGGGACGAAGGGGCGGAUGCAGGAGUGACGGAGCGUGAGACGACCCGCAACCAGCUGCUCAUCGAGCUGGACGGCUUCGACACCGGCCAGGGGGUGGUGAUUCAGUGCUUACCCUCCUGUCCCCUCUACUCCUCGUGCCCGUCUUGUUCUCUCUUCCUGCAGACGGUCCUCUGCUGGAGGGGACGAAGGGGCGGAUGUGGGAGUGACGGAGCACGCUCGUCUGCAGGAGGGGAGGAGGGGGCGGAUGCAGGAGUGACGGAACGUGAGAUGACCCUCAACCAGCUGCUCAUCGAGCUUGACGGCUUCGACACCGGCCAGGGGGUUCCACGGUCCUCAGCUGGAGGGGACGAGGGGGCGGAUGCAGGAGUGACGGAGCGUGAGACGACCCUCAACCAGCUGCUCAUCGAGCUGGACGGCUUCGACACCGGCCAGGGGGUGGUGUUCAUCGGCGCCACCAACCGCAUGGACAUGCUCGAUGCUGCCCUGCUCAGGCCUGGCCGAUUCGACAGAAAGAUCACCAUCGUGCCUCCAGGGUCCAAGGGCAGGGCGGAGGUGCUGAAGGUGCAUGCCAAGAAGAUCACCAUCGUGCCUCCAGGAUCCAAGGGCAGGGCGGAGGUGCUGAAGGUGCAUGCUAAAAAGGUCAAGAUGAGCCCGCACGUGGACCUCGACACGAUUGCAGGCAACCUUGCAGGGUGGAGUGGCGCCCAGCUGGCAAAUCUGCUGCAGGAGGCGGCGCUGGUGGCGGUGAGGAGGGGGGCGGGGGAGAUAGAGGACGAGGAUCUCUACACGGCAGCGGACCGCCUCACCCUCGGCACGCCCCGGGAGCGAUGGGGGGCAGAGCAGGGCAAGCACCCGAUGCUGGUGCGGAGAAUGGCGGUGCACGAGGCGGGGCUGGCACUGACGGCGCUGCUGCUGAUUGAGUAUGACGAUGCUCAGGUGGAGCCGCCUCAACGGCUUUCGAUCGUUCCCCGAGGCGAGGGGUGUGGGAGGGGAAUGGUGGUGCACGAGGCGGGGCUGGCGCUGACGGCGCUGCUGCUGAUUGAGUAUGACGAUGCUCAGGUGGAGCCGCCGCAGCGACUCUCCAUCGUGCCCCGAGGAGUUACACCCUCGUGGACCGUAUUCAACCGCAUUGAUGAUGAGGCGUACCUUUUCGAGAAGAGACGAACGCUGCUACACCGAUUGCAGGUGCUGCUGGGCGGCCGGGCGGCAGAGGAGGUGGUGUGGGGGCGGGACAGCAGCACGUACAGUCAGCGCCACGUGGCGGAUGCUUCUUGGAUGGCGUACAAGUUUGUCUCCAUAUGGCACAUGGCGGGAAAGGAAAGGUGUUACCUCGGGGCAUCCCGCCCGCCUGGAAGCGGCCUUUCCUGCCAUGUGCCAUCUGGGGAAGGGGGAGGUGGUGGUCCACGUGGUGUUACCCCUGCAGCACUGCCAGCGGCCCGUCGGAAGCUCAACCCUUCAACCUCUAACCCCCACCCUCUCAACCCCACUUCUUGUUCUCCCCUCCCUCUCCCCCAACCCCAGAUGGCACGUGGCGGGGAAGGGAAAGUAUUGCCUCGGGGCAUCCCACCCGCCUGGAAGCGCCGCAGCACUGCCAGCGGCCCUUCUCUGGGCUUUGAGGGGAGCCUCUACGCUGACUACGGGUUCACGGGGGGGAAGAUCAGCGAUCAUGCUGAUGACGUGGCGGCUGACAUGGCGCACUCUUUGCUGGACGAGGCGUAUGCUGCCACGUGGCAGCUGCUGGCUGAUCACAAGGCGGCCCUGGUUAAAGCAGUCAAUGUGCUAAUGGCGAAGGGAGAGAUCCAAGGAUCGGAUCUCGAUAUUAUCCUGGACGCCUACCCUGCAGGAACACCUGUUCAGGUGGUUGAAACAGAGGCGGCACCUGGGGAAUUACCUGAAGCCUUUGCAGGGCAUUCGGGGGACACAGAGAGCGAGGGAGAGGAGGAGGAUGGAAGGAGGAGGAGGAGGAGGGAGGAGGGGGUGGAGGUGAGAAAGGUGGAAGGGCAGUUUAGGAGUGUGUUGGGAGGGAUAUUGGAAGAAAAGGGGAAGGAGGAGAAGGUAGAGGAGGAAAGGGAGGGUGUGAGGGGUGCUGAGGUUUCUGGGAAGGAUGCUGGGGUGGGGAAGGAUAAGGAGGAGGGAAAAAAGGUGGAGGGAUUAAGUUCCGAGGCUUCAGAGGGGGAGAGAGAGGAUGGGGAGGAUGAGGAGUGGGGGGAAGAAGAAUUAGAUGAGGAUGAGGAUUGGGCGGAAGAAGAUUCAGAUGAAGACGAGGAUGAGAGGUUGAUUCUGGAAGCUAUGGAUAGGAAGGCAGGAGCGGUUGGAGGGAGUGGAGAGGAAGGGAGUGUGAUGGAGAAGAGUGGUGAGGGGCGAGGUGGGGAAGAUGUGAAGGCAGCUGAGUUUCAAACGGUUGAGAGGGGUGCAGAGGUUGCUAGUCUUGGAGCAGUCUCAGGAGAGGGUUUAGGAGGAGGGGAUACUUCAGAAGUUAAGGCCGUUGCAAAGAAGACACAAGCUGAGGGGGUUUCUGGGCAGGCCAGGCAGGUUGGGCAGGUCGGGCAGGAUGGUGUGAAAGCACAGGGGGGUGCUGAAAGCAAUGGAACUUUGGGGAAGCGGAAAGGCGAUGAGAAGCUUGGAGCAGGAGACAGUGCACGUGAUGCGGGGGAGACUGGGGAUGGUCUUACCUUGGUGCGGCCUAAUGGUAAGCAGGCAGAGGCAGAGUAG